AGAGGAAGAGGGAGGACGCGCCAAUUCUCCUGCUCGAGCCUCGGCCCAACAAAAUGGCGUCCGCGGCGGCGUCGCUUUGUUUCCGCGGCUCCUGCGGCGGCGACAGCGGUAGCGGCCUUUGAGCUGCGGGGAGGAUCCAGCACCUGCUGCGGUGACUACUAAGAGUCCAGUACUUUUCGUUCGGGAUCGGGCGCUGGGGAACGAGGAACGGUACCCAAGGGUUGCCGAAGCCAAGCAGGCGUUCGAGCCAAAAACAUGACCGCUGAGCCCAUGAGGUAAAACGCAAGCCCUUGUCACGGGCCCCGGCGGUCUGCUCCCGGGAGCCUUCCCCUCGAGUGGGGUGUUUGCAAAGACGUGCGCUAGGUGCCCUAGGCCCGCGCGCGGCUUCGCGGUCAGCGGCAACGUUUUCCCUCUAGUUACCUUCACACAACCCAGAAAUGUGCUUUGCUAAUCUUCUAGGCACUUCUCAAUCCAGUAAUAAAGUUGACAAGUAAGAUCAACUGUUCCAAAUCCAUGAAAGCAAGUUGAAUACAUUGGUGCAGAAGCUUCAUGACUUCCUAGCACAUUCAUCAGAAGAAUCUGAGGAAACGUGUUCUUCUCCACGACUUGUAAUGAACCAAAGCACAGAUAAAAUCAGUGGUUCUGUAAUUAACUCUGAUAUGAUGGAUAAUAACAAGGAAGAGGGAACUAGCACCUCAGAAAAAUCCAGAUCUUCAGGAUCUUCACGGUCAAAGAGGAAACCUUCAAUUGUGACAAAAUACGUAGAGUCUGAUGAUGAAAAACCCAUGGAUGAGAAUGUAAAUGAAAAAGCUGCUAAUGAGAAUUCAGAAAAUAUUACUAUGCAAAGCUUGCCAAAAGGUACAGUGAUUGUACAACCAGAGCCAGUGCUGAAUGAAGACAAAGAUGAUUUUAAAGGGCCUGAAUUUAGAAGCAGAAGUAAAAUGAAAACUGAAAAUCUCAAAAAACGCGGAGAAGAUGGACUUCAUGGGAUCGUGAGCUGUACAGCUUGUGGACAACAGGUCAACCAUUUUCAAAAAGAUUCCAUUUAUAGACACCCUUCACUGAAAGUCCUUAUUUGUAAGAACUGCUUUAAGUAUUAUAUGAGUGAUGAUAUUAGCCGUGACUCAGAUGGAAUGGAUGAACAAUGUAGAUGGUGUGCAGAAGGUGGGAACUUGAUUUGUUGCGACUUCUGCCAUAAUGCCUUCUGUAAGAAAUGCAUCCUGCGCAACCUUGGUCGGAAGGAGUUGUCCACAAUACUGGAUGAGAACAAUCAGUGGUAUUGCUACAUUUGUCACCCUGAGCCUCUCUUGGACUUGGUCACUGCAUGUAACAGCGUAUUUGAGAAUUUGGAACAGUUGUUGCAACAAAAUAAGAAGAAGGUAAAAGUUGACAGUGAAAAGACUAGUAAAGGGUGUGACCAAACAUCCAAGUUGUCUCCAAAGAAGACUAGUUCCAGUUGUAACGGCGAAGAAAAGAGAUUAGAUGUUUCAUGUUCCGCUUCUGUAACCUGCACUUACUCAGCACUAGCUGUGCCUAAAGAAAUGAUUAAGAAGACAAAAAAACUGAUUGAGACUACAUCCAACAUGAACUCCAGUUACAUCAAGUUUCUGAAGCAGGCAGCGGAUAAUUCAGAAAUGAGUUCUGCUGUGAAGUUACGUCAGCUUAAGGCUUUUAAAUCUGUGUUGGCUGAUAUCAAGAAGGCUCAUCUUUCAUUGGAAGAAGAUUUGAAUUUAGAGAUCCAAGCUUUGGAUGCUGUACACCAAGAGAAAAAUACCAAAGAGCUUAACAUCACAGAUGCAAAGCCCGAAACGAAAGGACGGAAGGGAGAGAAAUCCUGUACUGCAGAAAAGAAGGAUUUUUUAAAGUUAGAUGCUAGAUCAUCAAUAAAGGUGAAAGACAGUGAGCCCAUCCCAGGAGAAGAGCACAAAGCAAAUAAAAGUACUGGUGGUGAACAGAAGGGUUCGGGUAGGAAAGAUGGACCUCAGUAUGAACCUCCUAACACUUCUGAAGACUUAGACAUGGAUAUUGUGUCUGUUCCUUCCUCAGUUCCUGAAGACAUUUUUGACAGCCUUGAGAAUGCUAUGGAAGUUCAGUGUUCAGCUGAUUAUCAAGGCGAUGGUAACAGUGGGACCGAGCCAGAACUGGAGAGCUCAUCUCUAAAACUUAACACUUCAAAAGACAGCAGAGGAAGUAUUAAGUCAAAAACGGCAGUCAGAGUAAGAAAAGAGCUAUAUGUUAAACUCACCCCUGUUUCCCUUUCUAAUUCCCCAAUUAAAAGUGCUGACUGUCAGGAAGUUUCACAAGAGAAGGAUGGCCGUAAAAGUUCUGGGGUGACCCCCAACUCAGAGAAACGUGGACUGGAAGAGGAAAAUAGUGAUAAUGAACGUUCAGUUGAAAAUGAUGUUGCAUUACUUUUAGAAGAAUCUGAUCUUCGAAGGUCCCCACGUGUAAAAACUACACCAUUGAGGAGACAAACAGAGACUAAUCGUGCAAUAUCAAAUUCAGAUGAAGAAAGCAAUGAAACUAUUAAAGAAAAACAAAAGCUGUCAGUUCCAGGAAGAAAAAAGGAUAAGCGAAAUUUUUCUGAUGGUGCUGCCGAGAACUCUAAAGCUCAUAAGUUUCCCAAAGCUAAGCGACCGGGGAUUGUGGAUCAGAAUUCAGAUUCCGAUGAAAUGCUAGCAGUCCUUAAAGAGAUAAGCCAGAUGAGUCACAGUUCCUCUUCAGACACUGACAUUAACGACACACAGCUGAAUCAUAAAGUUGAAACAGGGAAAGAUGAUAAUGGAAAAAGGAAACGGAAAAACUCUACUUCUGGGUCAGAUUUUGACAUUAAAAAAGGAAAGCCAACUGAAACCUCUAUUAUCUCUAAAAAGAAACGCCAAAACUACUCAGAGUCCUCUAACUAUGACUCAGAGGUAGAGAGAGAGAUAAAAGCCAUGAGCAAAAUUGGGGCUGCCAGAGUAACUAAAAAAAGUGUUGCAGAUAAAAAAGAACGUGACUUUUCUGAAGAUGAGAAACAGAGCCAAAAAGCAGUGGGUAAUGAAGGGCAGGACAGAGUGGGGACUGUAAAAGAGGGCUUGUCUGGUGCCGCUGGUGAUGCUGAAGGCAGACAGGGAGAUAGUUUGUCUGCAGUGGGAGGCUCCUUUGAGAAAGGCAAGAGGACAGUGGAAUCCAGAGAGGUGCUCUGUAUGAGGCAACAGCCAAGUGUUUCCUCCGAUGGUGCGGAAAAGCCUUCAGGAGGAGAGGAGGAUGUGAAUUCGGAUGACAAAAGAGUUUCUAAAGCAAAAAUAAAGAGUAAAUACCUGAGAGCCAGACCAUGUAGGAAAGUACGGCGUGCUUCCUUGGACAUUACUGAUAGAUUGCCAAAGAAAGAACAGAGUGAGGAAUCUUCUGAAGGUGAGGGGAAGCAGAGCAGACAGGAAACUGGAGCAAGAGGAAAGAAAAGUACAGACAUGAUGGAAGAAACAAUUAAGACAGAGCAACAGUAUGAGUCGUCUUCUGAUGGGACUGAGAAAUUGCCUGAGGGAGAAGAAAUGGGUCAUUUUCCUAAAGGCCCCAAGCAAAACAAGAAUGACAGUGCAGAUGCAGAAAAGAAAGGCAGGAAAUUGAAAGAGAGGUCAUCCAAAAAGAAGGAGGAGGCAUCUGAUGGCGUGGAUAAGUUGCCAGGGAAAGGAGACAGUUGUGACUCUUCAGAAGAUAAAAAGAGCAGGAAUAGAGUGUCUCAGAGAGAGAAGAAGAAAUCCAGUUUGCCUGCGAAGAGAUCAGGGAAGAGGCCAGAGUGUUCAUCGUCGGAUACUGAGAAAUACUCCUUGAAAGGAGAGUGCUGUGACUCCACUGAUAAGAGACCGAAAAGAACUGAAUUGAGAGAAAGAAGAAGUUUAAAUUCAAAGAGAAAUACUAAGGAAAUACAGAGUGGUUCAUCUUCUUCUGAUGCUGAGGGAAGUUCAGAAGAUACUAAAAAGCGGAAGAAACAAAGAACUUCAGCUAAAAAGAAGACAGGCAAUGCCAAGGUGAAAAGAAGAAACUCCUUACGAACGAGUGCUAAAAGGAAGCAAGCAGACAUUAGCUCUUCAUCUUCUGAUAUAGGAGAUGACGAUCAGAAUUCUGCAGGCGAAGAGAGCAGCGAUGAACAGAAAAUCAAGCCUGUGACUGAAAAUCUAGUGCUGCCUUCACACACUGGCUUUUGUCAAUCUUCAGGAGAUGAAGCCUUACCUAAAUCAGCGCCUGCCACAGUGGAUGAUGAUGACGAUGACAAUGAUCCUGAGAAUAGAAUUGCCAAGAAGAUGCUUUUAGAAGAAAUUAAAGCCAACCUUUCUUCUGAUGAGGAUGGGUCUUCAGAUGAUGAACCAGAAGGAGAGAGAAAAAGAGUUGGAAAACAAGGUGAAGAAACCCCAGGAGAUGAGGCUCCAGAUCAAGUUAAUUCUGAGUCUGAUUCUGAUUCUGAAGAAUCUAAGAAGCCAAGGUACAGACAUAGACUUUUGAGGUACAAACUGACUGAGAGUGAUGGAGAAUCUGGAGAAGAAAAAAAGACAAAGUCUAAAGAACACAAAGAAGCCAAAGGAAGAAAUAGAAGGAAGGUGAGCAGUGAGGAUUCAGAAGACACUGACUUUCAAGAAUCAGGAGUUAGUGAAGAAGUCAGUGAAUCUGAGGAUGAACAACGGCCUAGAACAAGGUCUGCAAAGAAAGCAGAAUUGGAAGAAAAUCAGCGGAGUUAUAAGCAGAAAAAGAAAAGACGACGGAUUAAGGUUCAAGAGGAUUCAUCCAGUGAAAAUAAGAGCCAUUCUGAAGAAGAAAGAAAAGAAGAUGAUGAUGAUGAGGAGGAGGAUGAGGAGGAAGAGGAUGAAAAUGAUGAUUCUAAGUCACCUGGAAAAGGCAGAAAGAAAAUUCGGAAGAUUCUUAAAGAUGAUAAACUAAGAACAGAAACCCAGAAUGCCCUUAAAGAAGAGGAAGAGAGACGAAAACGUAUUGCAGAGAGGGAACGUGAGAGAGAGAAAUUAAGAGAGGUGAUAGAAAUUGAGGAUGCUUCACCUACCAAGUGUCCAAUAACAACCAAAUUGGUUUUAGAUGAAGAUGAAGAAACCAAAGAACCUUUAGUGCAGGUUCAUAGAAACAUGGUUAUAAAAUUGAAACCCCACCAAGUAGAUGGUGUUCAGUUUAUGUGGGAUUGCUGUUGUGAGUCUGUGAAAAAGACAAAGAAAUCUCCAGGUUCAGGGUGUAUUCUUGCCCACUGCAUGGGCCUUGGUAAAACCUUGCAGGUGGUCAGUUUCCUUCACACAGUUCUCUUGUGUGAUAAAUUGGAUUUCAGUACGGCUUUAGUGGUUUGUCCUCUAAACACUGCUUUGAAUUGGAUGAAUGAAUUUGAGAAGUGGCAGGAGGGCUUAAAUGAUGAUGAAAAGCUUGAGGUCUCUGAAUUAGCAACUGUGAAACGUCCUCAGGAGAGAAGUUAUAUGUUACAGAGAUGGCAAGAAGAUGGUGGUGUUAUGAUCAUAGGAUACGAAAUGUACAGAAAUCUUGCUCAAGGAAGGAAUGUGAAGAGUCGGAAACUUAAAGAAAUAUUUAAUAAAGCUUUAGUUGACCCAGGUCCUGAUUUUGUUGUUUGUGAUGAAGGCCAUAUUCUAAAAAAUGAAGCAUCUGCUGUUUCAAAAGCGAUGAACUCUAUACGAUCGAGGAGGAGGAUUAUUUUAACAGGAACACCACUUCAGAAUAACCUAAUUGAGUAUCAUUGCAUGGUUAACUUUAUCAAGGAAAAUUUGCUUGGAUCCAUCAAGGAGUUCAGGAAUCGAUUUAUAAAUCCAAUCCAAAAUGGUCAGUGUGCAGAUUCUACCAUGGUAGACGUGAGAGUGAUGAAGAAACGUGCCCAUAUUCUCUAUGAGAUGCUAGCCGGGUGUGUUCAGAGGAAAGACUAUACAGCAUUAACAAAGUUCUUGCCUCCAAAACAUGAGUAUGUAUUAGCUGUGAGAAUGACUGCUAUUCAGUGCAAGCUCUACCAGUACUACUUAGAUCACUUAACAGGCGUAGGCAAUAGCACUGAAGGCGGAAGAGGAAAGGCAGGCGCAAAGCUCUUUCAGGAUUUUCAGAUGCUAAGUAGAAUCUGGACUCAUCCCUGGUGUUUGCAGCUGGACUACAUUAGCAAAGAAAAUAAGGGUUAUUUUGAUGAAGAUAGUAUGGAUGAAUUUAUAGCUUCAGAUUCUGAUGAAACCUCCAUGAGCUUAAGCUCAGAUGAGUAUGCAAAAAAGAAGAAAACAAAGGGUAAAAAAGGGAAAAAGGAUAGUAGCUCAAGUGGAAGUGGUAGUGACAAUGAUGUGGAAGUCAUCAAAGUCUGGAAUUCCAGAUCCAGAGGAGGUGGAGAAGGAAACCUGGAUGAAACAGGAAACACCCCUUCAGGUUCCAUGAAGCUAGAAGAAAGUAAAACUACUUCCACUUCUAACCCAAGUAGCCCAGCUCCAGAUUGGUACAAAGAUUUUGUUACAGAUGCUGAUGCUGAGGUUUUAGAGCAUUCUGGGAAAAUGGUACUUCUUUUUGAAAUUCUUCGAAUGGCAGAAGAAAUUGGGGAUAAAGUUCUUGUUUUUAGCCAGUCACUCAUAUCUCUGGACUUGAUUGAAGAUUUUCUUGAAUUGGCUAGUAGGGAGAAAACAGAAGACAAAGAUAAACCUCUUAUUUAUAAAGGUGAAGGGAAGUGGCUUCGAAAUAUUGACUAUUACCGUUUGGAUGGUUCUACGACUGCACAGUCAAGGAAGAAGUGGGCUGAAGAAUUUAAUGAUGAAACCAAUGUGAGAGGGCGAUUGUUUAUCAUUUCCACCAAAGCAGGAUCUCUUGGAAUUAACCUAGUAGCUGCUAAUAGAGUAAUUAUAUUUGAUGCUUCCUGGAAUCCAUCUUAUGACAUCCAGAGUAUAUUCAGAGUUUAUCGCUUUGGACAAACUAAGCCUGUUUAUGUAUAUAGGUUCUUAGCUCAGGGAACCAUGGAAGAUAAGAUUUAUGAUCGACAGGUAACAAAGCAGUCACUAUCUUUCCGAGUUGUUGAUCAACAGCAGGUUGAACGUCAUUUUACCAUGAAUGAGCUUACUGAACUUUAUACUUUUGAGCCAGACUUAUUAGAUGACCCUAAUUCCGAAAAGAAGAAGAAAAGGGAUACUCCCAUGCUGCCAAAGGAUACCAUACUUGCAGAACUUCUUCAGAUACAUAAAGAACACAUUGUAGGAUAUCACGAACAUGACUCGCUUUUGGACCACAAAGAAGAAGAAGAGCUGACUGAAGAAGAAAGAAAAGCAGCUUGGGCUGAAUAUGAAGCAGAAAAGAAGGGACUGACCAUGCGUUUCAACAUACCGACUGGGACCAAUUUACCCCCUGUCACUUUCAGCUCUCAAACUCCUUAUAUUCCUUUUAAUUUGGGAGCCCUGUCAGCAAUGAGUAAUCAACAGCUGGAGGACCUAAUUAAUCAAGGAAGAGAAAAAGUUGUAGAAGCAACGAACAGUGUGACAGCAGUGAGGAUUCAGCCUCUUGAAGAUAUCAUUUCAACUGUAUGGAAAGAAAAUAUGAAUCUCUCUGAGGCCCAAGUACAAGCACUAGCAUUAAGUAGACAAGCCAGCCAGGAGCUUGAUGUGAAACGCAGAGAAGCAAUCUACAAUGAUGUAUUGACAAAACAGCAGAUGUUAAUCAGCUGUGUUCAGCGAAUACUUAUGAACAGAAGGCUCCAGCAGCAGUACAAUCAGCAGCAGCAGCAACAAAUGACUUACCAGCAAGCAACACUGAGUCACCUCAUGAUGCCAAAGCCUCCAAAUUUAAUCAUGACUCCUUCUAACUACCAGCAGAUUGAUAUGAGAGGAAUGUAUCAGUCAGUGGCUGGUGGUAUGCAGCCACCACCCUUACAACGUGCACCGCCCCCAAUGAGAAGCAAAAAUCCAGGACCUUCCCCAGGGAAAUCAAUGUGAUUUUGCACUAAAAAUUUAAAGGAUUAUUAAAAUCAUAGAAAGAACUUUUAUUUUUUUAGGAAUCAAUGACUUAACAGAACUCAACUGUAUAAAUAGUUUGGACCCCUUAAAUGCCAAUCUUCCAUAUUAGUUUUAAAUUUUUUUAAAUAGGGCAUACCAUUUCUCUCUGACAUUUGUCAGUGAUGUUACCUACAAUCUUCUUACACACAUUGAGUACAGAAGAUAUUUCAAAUUGUUUUCAGUGAAAACAAAUCCUUCCAUAACAGUAACAGCUCCACAGAUUUCCUCUCUAAAUUUUUAUGCCUGCUUUUAGCAACCAUAAAAUUGUCAUAAAAUUAACGAAUUUAGAAAUUAAUAAAGAUUUAUAUAUUCGCUCUUUACAUAUAAAAACACACAGCUGAGUUCUUAGAGUUGAUUCCUCAAGUUAUAAAAAUACUUUUGUACUUAAUCCAUUUCUUGAUUAGAGUGCUUGAAAUGGUCUUAAUGUUCUUUUGACUGAAGUCUGAAACUGGGCUCCUACUAUAUUGUCUCUGUGAUUAAAACUUAGAUCUAAGGAUUAUCUUAGACACAGAAGCGUGUGCAAUAUUCUUAAGUACUACUACUUUAAAUGUUGGAGGAGCCUUGCAGUUAUCUUAGCAUUGUAUAAACAGCCUUAAGUACAGUCGAAGACAAGGAAAUUCCUUUUUCUUAUUUAGUCUUUCUGCCAUUUUUUAUUUUCAGUUGUAUGUGCUGAAAUAAUUACUGCUAAGAUAUCAGGGUUGUGGAUUGUCUUCUGCACAUGGGUUUCCUGUCUCCUGGCACUAGUGGAAACACAUCUGUCAGCCAUGGUGCCAGUGCUGGUGCUUCAUCCUGUUGCUGGCAGUGGGAUGCAAACGAAGAAAAUCAAGUUAGAGCAUUUGAAGAACUUAGUGCUGAAGUUGUGGUUUUCGGCUCAGCUCACACCCUGUUUAAUAAACAACAUCAAAAUGGCAGAACCAUUGCUGACUUUAAGUUCACAUGAGGGAUGUGCAUUAACAGUCCCCAGUACUUGUCAGUAUUGUGAAAUAAUUCCUCUUAAAGAUUAGGAUCACUGGCUUCUCUGCUCUUCUUUUUACUCAUCACUGUAUUCCUUUUUCCCCAGUUCCUUUACAUUGUAGUAAAUGUAGUAAAGUUUGAUUUUUUUCCAGUUUUGAUCUCUGGGGUGAUUUUCUCUUUUUCCAUAAAGUUAAUUCACCCAAUUCUUAAAGGUUUUUCGUUUUUUACUAGAAAAUAAUUUUAUUUCUUUUUCUAGAUCCAGGUUUAUGGAAAGUGACGUAAUUUUACUCAUGCUCCAUUUGAUUGCUUGAGUUUCUUCAGUGAAAAGAUUGUGUUUGACGAUGGGAGUCAACUCAUCAUGGCAAUACCAUUUAUGAAAUGAUGAUGUAACAAGUGGAAAUAGAUAAAGACAAGCUGGGUGGAGUAUUUGUUCUAGGCAUUUCUGGACUUGAUUGAAUUAAACAUGAGCUGAACAUUGAGCUACAAUUGAACAUGGGUUUAGUUGUUUGAAUAAUAAAAGAUUUCCAUUUUUAUCUUGGAAGAACUAGUGGCUAAAACAUCCACACACACUGCAUUCAUGAUGGAGAAUAUGUGAGGUUUGGUGGCUCCACCUUUCCGUGAUAAAACACACUAGUAAACUCCAUGUAUUUGGAUAUCGUGCCAGCUAUUUCAUCAAGUUUAUUUAAUGCGCGGGGUGGGGGGUGGGGGCAGAUGUGUGUUUACUUUGGAAGAAAUGAAAGAAGCAAGAUUUAUGAGAUAAAUAUUUGAAAGCAGUAUGCUCUGGCCAACUGUUAUCAGAAUACUUUAAAACUGAUGUACUAGACCUGGGAAUUUUCAACAUGGUCUAAUUAUUUACUCAAAGACAUAGAUGUGAAAAACUUUAGGCAACCUUCUAAUCUGUUUUCACAAUGAAUUAAGCUAUAACUUGAAGAAUAGUAAUUAGAAGGACUAAUUGGAAAUCAGAGAGUUUGAAAUAAAUCUUGGACCACUUUGCAUACACUCUUCUCACUUGACAUUUUAGCAACAUGAUAUAUGUACUUUGAGUAUAACAUCAACUUUUAACGAAUAUUUAAAGACAAAAAUCACAUAAGAUACUAAAAAGCUCAUUUUUAUAUUUGUUUUAGAUGUUUUAAAUAGUUGCAAUGGCUUAAAAUGACGAUUUAAAAUGUUGCUUGUAAUACAGUUUUGCCUGCUAAAUUCUCCACAUUUUGUAACCUGUUUUAUUUCUUUGGUGUAAAGCGUUUGGGCCUAGAGUUGUGAUAUUGUAUAUGGUUUGUCCCAGUUGUAUAGUAAUGUUUCAGUCCAUCAUCCAGCUUUGGCUGCUGAAAUCACACAGCUGUGAAGACUUGCCUUGGUUCCUGUUAGACUGCUUUUCAGUUCUGUAUUGCGUAUCUUACGUACUGUAGAGAAGAUGUCACUUCUUCCUUUAAGGCUCUUUUGUAAUAUAUAUAAGGACUGGAAUUGUGUUUUUAAAAGAAAAGCAUUCAAGUAUGACAAUAUACUAUCUGUGUUUUCACCAUUCAAAGUGCUGUUUAGUAGUUGAAACUUAAAACUAUUUAAUGUCAUUUAAUAAAGUGACCAAAAUGUGUUGUGCUCUUUAUUGCA